CUUGGGUCCCUCCUUACAACGGAUAUAACCCUUUAUGGACUCAUCUUCUUCUUCCUUCGCUGCCGAAUCUUGACCCGACCCGAAUUCCGACUGCAAUAGUCCCCAAAUUCUCGUUUCUUUCUCCGAGAUGGCACCCUCCGCUGAUCCCGCAACUUGGGUCCAUGAAUCCUCUAUCAUCAAAGAGGAUGAUCUUCGAGAAAUGGCCGAAUUUCUGGGCAGAGGCUUCCGGAUCCACCAUCCUGAUGCAGUCGGGGGAAUCAGUCUAUCUCAUAAUCCAGACCCCCAGAAGUAUAUGGUCAUGCACUACCAUUCGGUGUGGAACGGGCUCAGAUUGCCCCUCCAUGGUUUGGUUCGCGACAUCUUCCAGGCCUUUAAGUUCCCCCUGAGGGUUGAGUCUAAAAUCGACAAGUGGGCCCGCCGUUACUUCGUCAUCGAGUUCCCGGUUCAUAGCCCCAUAGAUCUGCCGGGUAUAGUACGCCGCAGUUCUCUCUCCCGGACUCCGUUCGCAGCCAUACCCCAGGCGGAGGCAGCUCUCAACGCCCUGGGAGUGGAGGGGGGUUUGAUUUCACAUCACUCCCUUCAGGACGCCAGGUUGUACAAGAAGGCAGAUUUCUACUACCCACUUGGCCUUGACCCCAUCCCGUUUGAAGGGGUAUCUUCCCCUGAAAGGUCGAAGGCUUCUCCCGUUGUGGAGUCUUAUCCAGCCGGGAACUCCUUUGGGAACCAGGCCCAAGGUGACGCUACUGCCUUGGCUAUUUGCAAACCGUCUGCUGCCCUGGACGUCAUUCCCAUUUCUGCCAUUCCUGGGCUAAGGAAGCCCACACCGUCCCAGAAGCGGCCACGGGAAGGGGUCACUGACGACGACGACUUCCCAAGAAGAGUAAAGGUGAUGGUACCCCUGCUUCGCCCAGCCCCCUGACUGCUUCCUCUGGUACUCCAAACGCCACCACUACUGCCGCACCCGGAGAGCUGGAGUUACCCAACCCGGAUAGCCUGGAUCGUGAAACAGAUGAAUUUCCUGACCAAACACCACUCGAAAGACCAGCGGUGCAACCCCAGUCCGCGGUGGUAAAUACCUCCCCACCAACUACCGCCACUUCCCAAGGGGUGGGGGGAGAAGCUAAGGGGCAGAAGG